GCGGGUUGGUCCAACCGGGCCGCCGCCCCAUCUCCAGCCUCCAUGCAGCCCCGGCUCCAGCCGCCCGCCCAGCAGCUUCUGACCAUGAGCGGCCGGGGCCUCGGCCAUGGGAUGCGCCCGCUGGGCGCCAUGGGGGAGCGGAAGCCAGGCCCGUGGGGGGACCCCUCGGGCACCGGGAUGGACCAGCGCCCGGGACCGUGGGGCCUGGCCAGCACCUCCAGGCUGCCCCCCCGAAUUGCGCGUGGAGAGGAGGCAGAGGAGGAGGAGAGGGCGCAGGACCCUCGAAUUCAGAACUGGGAAAAGGCGGAGUUGGAAGUGGUGCUGAAGGUCCACGAGGAUAGUUCACCCAAGACCCCCUACGGUGGCCUCAGCACUAACUUCCCUCUGAGGAGUUCCCUGCUGCAGACCCAGGAGGAGGAGGAGGAAGAGGAGGAUACCAGUGAGCAGGGAAGUCAGCCUGUAGGAGCUUAUGAGACCUACAGUGAGGGAGACUCUGACUCUGACCUAGAAAGGGAAGAGCCCCGUGGGCCAUAUGACCUCACUGGCAGGUCCCAGUACCUGGCGGCCUGUAAGGCCUAUGGAGCGGUGCCCAUCUCCUACUUCCUUCACCACAUGCAUGAUCCUGAGCUCACACUGAUGCAUCGUGGCCUUGGGCCUCAGGGGGCCCGGGCCCUGGCCUCAGCCUUGAUGUCCAACACCUCCAUUCUGAAACUGAAUCUGAGUGACAACUGGCUGAACGAGGAGGGGGCCGAGGCGAUCGCUGGAAUGCUGAAGGAAAACUGCUUCAUCACAGAUCUUGAUCUGUCUGAUAACAAACUGGGGGCCAAAGGUGCCAAGGCCUUGUGUGCUGCCCUUAAGGAGAACACCUCUGUGCGGUGGCUUCGGAUGUCCGGGAGUGACCUAGGCACACAAGCCGCCAAGGACAUUGCUGAUGCCCUGAUGGUCAACACCAAGGUGGAGUUGCUGGACUUGAGCCACAACCUUCUGGAUGAGGAAGCUGGGGAGAAACUCGGGCCAGCCCUGGCAGAAAAUGUUGGCAUAAAGGAGCUUAAUCUCAGCUGGAACCACCUCCGAGGCACAGGAACUGUGAUCUUCACCCGCGGCAUUGGGGCUAACAUCUUCCUCAAAGUGCUGGACCUCUCCUACAAUGGCUUUGGGGACCAAGGAGCAGCGGCCAUGGGGGAGGCUCUGAAAGUCAACAGUGUGCUGGAGGAUCUCAACAUCAGUAACAACCGCAUCUCGCUGCCCGGAGCCCUCCGCUUCUCCAGUGGACUGAGGGAAAACCGAACUCUGAGGAUCCUCUCGAUGGGCAGGAACCCCAUGCGGAGCGAGGGCUGCCUCGGCCUCCUCAGGGCGGUCCAGAUGAACCCAGACUCGGGGCUGGAGGUUUUGGAUUUCUCGGACAUCCACCUAAACAAAGAUUUUGAUGACCUGGCUUGUUCCAUGAAAGAGGGCUUCCCGAGGCUCUGUAUCAGGCAUGGCAGCCCCACAGCCUAGACUGACUGCCUUGGAUCAUGACUGCUGCCAUCAUCUGCCACCCAGGAAAUGAUUCUGCCUUCCCAGAGGGCUCAGCAGUGGCAUCCCCUGCAGUCUCCGCCCCUGUGUCCUAGAAUCAUGGAAUCCCAGAGCCGGUCUCCCACGGAGGCCCCAUCUGAAUUGGGCUCCCCUGUGCAAGGACUCUAGACAAGUAGCUGUCCAGCCUGCCCUUGGAAGCUCUCCAUGCCCUGGGGACUCACCGCCUGCCCAGGUGGUCCAUUCUGUUUUGGGGCAGCCCUCCUGGCUGGGAAAGGUGGUCUCUGGCCAACCACAAUCUGUCCCCCCUAACUCCCACCCCGUGCUCCCAGUUCUGUUGGCUGUGACUCUCUGGACUCCUUGUUCCUGAGGUCCCUCACCCUCCACAGGCAAAAACCUCUAUACUUGUUGGUACCUUUCUCACUAAGCCUUAACGGUUGUUUCCAC